AUGGGUCCCCGUCCAGUUUGCCCGAUGAUCGUGCUCCCUUUGAUCAUCCUGGUCGCCUGCUGGCCUGGCCAAGGCCAGGCUGGUCUGACCAGGUACUACGAAGCUGUUCCCGAUAAUCUGCAGCCGGAGAAACGGGUCCCUGUGAACGACUACGCGGGCCACGGACCGAUCGUCGACGACCAGGAGUUCCCGAGGGAUCUACGGGAGCCGUAUCCGGGGAAGAGCUUCGGCCCGAUGGGUCCGAUAGACGGUUCUUUGCCGGAUGACGUCUCCUUCCGUAGUCUCUCGGCUGGUAACGGCGACGGCGGUCCUGUGGAAUCGCAUUUGUCCUCCCAAGUGGUCGGCCAGAGUGGCGAUGUCGCGCAUCGCGGUGAACGGGAGUACAAGAUCAUGUCCGUGGAGUUCCAUCGUGUCGAGACGCCUUUUGUGAUCGGGAUAUGGAUCUUCUUCGCGAGUAUCGCGAAAAUAGGCUUCCACAUGACGCCGAAGCUCAGCAAGAUCUUUCCGGAGUCCUGUUUGCUGAUUGUUGUCGGCGUCGUCGUUGGUGUCUUACUGUUCCAGGCGAGCAGCGUCCACGUGUCGCCCCUUACGCCGGACACGUUCUUCCUUUACAUGCUGCCGCCCAUCAUCCUAGACGCCGGUUAUUUCAUGCCGAAUCGGUUGUUCUUCGAUCAUCUGGGAACGAUACUACUCUUCGCGGUCGUCGGUACCAUAUUUAACACACUGUCGAUAGGCUCAUCGCUAUGGGUGCUAGGCAAAAGCGGUCUGUUCGGCUUCGAAACACCGCUCCUCGACAUGUACCUCUUCUCCGCGUUGAUCAGCGCUGUCGAUCCUGUCGCCGUGUUAGCCGUUUUCGAGGAGAUCCACGUGAACGAGAUCUUGUACAUCGUGGUUUUCGGGGAGAGCCUCCUGAACGAUGCCGUCACCGUCGUGCUGUACCACAUGUUCGAGGCGUACAGCGAGAUGGGACCAUCGCGAAUCCUUUACACGGACUUACUGUCGGGCCUGGCGUCGUUCUUCGUGGUGGCCAUCGGCGGUACCAUAAUCGGCGUGAUAUGGGGCUUCGCUACUGGUUUCGUUACCAGGUUCACCCACCAGGUUCGGGUGAUCGAGCCAAUCUUUAUAUUCGUAAUGGCGUACCUGGCCUACCUGAACGCUGAGAUCUUUCACAUGUCGAGCAUUCUGGCGAUCACCUUCUGCGGCAUUACCAUGAAGAACUACGUGGAGGCGAAUAUAUCGCACAAGUCCCACACGACCGUCAAGUACACGAUGAAAAUGCUGUCGAGCGGAUCGGAGACCAUCAUAUUCAUGUUCCUCGGGGUGGCGACCGUGAACAACACCCACAACUGGAACACGUGGUUCGUCGUCACGACCAUCGUGUUCUGCUCGAUCUACCGGAUCGUCGGUGUGAUCGUGCUGACAGCUGUGGCGAACCAAUUCCGACUGCACAAACUGGACAAGGUGGAGAAGUUCGUGAUGUCCUACGGCGGUCUACGUGGCGCUGUCGCGUUCGCAUUGGUUCUGCUGAUCGACCCGAGACACGUGCCCCUGCAGCCGAUGUUCGUCACCACCACCAUAGCCGUCAUUUACUUCACCGUGUUCAUCCAGGGUAUCACGAUCAAGCCACUGGUGAAGAUCCUGAACGUGAAGAGGGCGGAGAAGAAGAAACCGACCAUGAACGAGAGGAUUCACGAGAGGAUAAUGGAUCACGUUAUGGCCGGGGUCGAGGACAUUUUGGGGAAGCACGGGAAUUACCAUGUUCGAGAUAAGUUCAAACGGUUCGAUAACAAAUUCAUCCGGCCGUAUCUGGUGAGAGAUCACUACGGGGCCGAGCCGAAAAUAUUGGAAACAUACUCGAAGCUCGCGAUGAAAGACGCCCUGGAUUAUAUUAGAAGGAACGCGUCCACGAUCGGUAAUAUCAGCGGGACGGAGAGCAUGUCCGCGAUAUUCCGCAACUAUAGCAACACGGGACAGUUCAAUGGAAGUCCGAGUUGCAGCCAGCUCGAAGCGGGCUGGAAUAUUGAUCCCCAAGAGCUGGAGUACAACCCAUCCAAGAAGGACCUGACGGACGCCAGGAUCCACCACCUAUUGGCCGAAGAACUUUGCAAGCCUUACAAGAGGCAUCGACGGCUGAGCUACAGCCGACACGCGGUGAACGAUCGCGAUCUAUCGACCCAAGUCAAUUACAAAAUGCACAUGAACAUACGACGGAUGAUGGGCGAGCACAAGCAUCGUCACAAGCGCAGCAAAAAAUUGCUCAAAGACGGCAAGCAGAAUCACGUGAGUUUCCCGGAGUUCCAGCAGAACGGCUCGACGAAGUUGUUCACCCAAGAUUACAUCAACGGUGUGCUGUACGAGCUGGAGAACGGGGACACCUCGAAGCCGUCGAGCAAAGACGACUGGGACUCCGCGAUAACUUUUACGGCUCGCACUUCCGACUCGUCGAACGCGAACGCAGAGAACCAACAUGGCGCCACUAGCACUACCUCGAUGGACACUAUUGAUACGGAGGACCCUGAUAUGAAGCUGGGACGUGAUGAAAGCUACAGAGUGACGACGCCCACAGCGACAGAAACCAUGCUACCAUGGAAGAGGGAGGACGACUACGAUUCCGGUCAUCCUGUUAAACAAAACGAAUUCCCUGCCUGGUGUUCCAACAAAGAAUAUUUAGCGUACAGUUCCCCUUCGGCUACAUUCUUAGGUGGAAUCGAACAGCCGAAGGUUCAAUCGGUGAUCGGACUGUUCCGACGCGACAGUGUUUGCACCCCCGACAGUAUGGAUCACAAGACCCUGGACAAGCAUAACGACUACACGUUGACGGAGACGGAACCGACAGACUCACCCUCAAGAGCUUCGGAUGGUAGGAAGGGUCCGAUGAGGCGGGUGUCAAUGAUGGAACUGGGCUCAAUGGAGAGAUCACGGUCGGACAAGGUAACGGACGACGGUUCCCAUUCCCUGCCGGAAUGCUGGAAUCCACCGCACAAGUACCGGAUGACCUCGUUCCCCUAUUCGGCCCAAGUGCCGAGCCUGUCGACCGCCCUGAUCACGGACUCCUCGGAGUCGUCGGAGGACAUCGACGAGGAAGAGGAGAAGGCUUGACCCUUGGGGAUCGUCGAGGAGCAGACAUCAU